UAAAUAAAUCUUAUACAAGAAAACACAGCCAGAGAUGCUGGGGUUUUUCAAAUCAAAAUCAAAAUCAGUAACGAUUCCUGAUCGGCCUGUUCCACCUUCAUUUGAACAAAUAAAAGAAGACGUGGACACGGCUCCUGACAGUGACAUUAUGUUUUGUACACGUUCACGUUCAGGUAGUGAUUCAUCAGAGGAGUAUUUUGAUGCCCUUUCUGAGUUUGACACUUCUGGGGAUGAGGACAUGGAGGCGGAACAGGAACAUGUAUACGAUCAGGCUGUAGAACUGUUACAGGUGCACCAAAGACUUACUACUGCACCCCAGACUCUGGAGGCAGAGUUAGACAAACUGAGGACUCUGGGACAGGAAGUGUCUGAAGCCGUGGAGGAAAUCAGACAGAUGUCAAAACCUGUCCCUCAUCAAUCAGAAGAUUCCAGCAUCUCAGGUCAACAGAAAAAGACAAAAAUUAAAUCAUAAGCUUCUGUAUGUUAAAUGAUACAAAAAACAAUUGUAUGUGAGAUAAGUAUAUGAUUUGUUAAAAGAUUCCAAUGUUCACAUUAUACACAAUUAUAUACAAUAUGGUAGAUGGUU